AUGAUAAAGACAUGUGAAUUUUUAGAGAUCUAAAGAAUUUUUGGCAAUAAAUAUGUUACUAAAAUGUAAUUUGAAUAAACAAAGCAAAGAAUCGACGUAAAGUAUACCAGACAGACUAUAAUUAUGUAAUGUAGAUGGCGCUUUCAUCGGAGGAAGUAACAACAGUCUGAAGGUGACCGUAGAUACAACCUGACCGGGAUUGUGUCACCGUGCGUUCUUGUACCUGUCCUUUUCCUUAUCGAACAAGUCCGAAGACAUUUGGGUCUCUGAUAACCAUGAAGGCUUCACAACAUAUCUUGGCAUGUCUCAUCUUAAUUGCUAUUGCAAUCAAAGAAGGUAAGGAACUUAUAUUUAAACCUCGUUGUCCCCUCGUCCAAUAUUAUUAUUAUAUAGAAUUAUAUAGAGCCCACUUUUCUCGUACCAACUCAAUAGUCAAGUCAAUGGUAUAGAGUAUAGGCAUAGGGCUAGUAUAGGGGUUUGAGACAGAUCUCGAUUGUGACCCGAUUGUCUGUAGGCUGUAGGUCAUUGUAGGCUAGAUACUAAAUGCUUGUGAUAAGAUCUGCACAUUAUAUAUUUAAUAAUCUUUUAAUCAUUGUCUCACUAGUCAUGAACCACUUGUAUUCCAAUCGCAAAUCCUGGAUAGAUCUUUUCAAUUUUUAGGGCCCCAGUUCAUCAAAGCAAUUUUUCUUUGGUCAUUUAAACUAAUUUGGGCUUAACCACGAUCAUCAACCUGACCUAAUUGAAAUAAACAAGUAGGUAGUUGAUUGCACUAUAGUAGAUACUUUGGUCAAAAAUGUAAACAUUUUUUAAAAAUAAACCAAUGGCACAGUUGAAUAGAGCUAAUUUUAAACAUAAUUAUAACACCAAAAUCAUAUUUUUAGCUGUUGUAGUUGUAAAGUUAUGAAUUUUUAAAGUAAGACUUGGUUUGUCAUUUUUUAACAUAGACUGCAUCUCCACAUUCUGUGACCUCAUUCCACUGAUCGCGUCAUGCGCAAUGACUAUAUAGUUUAUAUAAGGCAAAGCAUUCCCUUAUCACUAAAAUACUGUUUAGGGUCGACUUAUUUUAAACUUUCAACUUUGGCACAUGAAUAAUUAAUAAAAGCUUUCCCUGACCAAUGGUUUAAUAGCUUUUGCACACAGCAAACUCUUAUGAAUGAAACUCUGAGAUAGUACUACAACGUAGCCGUUAUGCAAGUGGCUGUGAAUGGUUGCCAAUGACAACGUGUUGCACACGGAAAAUUCUGAUCAUUUAUAUUAUGGACUCUGCAGGGUUUUUAAAGCUCAAAUUAAAACAUUUCCAGUUUAAAUGUCUUCAAAAUGCAUUCUGAAACACAAAAUAUAAAAUAUUUUGAUGUAUAUAGUGGUAAUAAUUAAAUAUUUCCUAAGUAUCGGCAACUUCCGCCAUUAAAAAGGGGGCGUGGCCCACGCCAUGGCGAAAUUAGGCUGAGCCACUUUAUGGUGAUAUGGGUCACUGUGACAAGUGUAACAAACGUGGGACACGACCUACAUCAAUGAAACUUGGCACAGAUAUAGAUCAAUAUCUAAUGCUCAUACAGAUUUAAUAAAAAAGGACCUUAUCUUAUUAUUUCACAAAAAAUUUUGUAUGCGAAGAUGCCUUAUAUAUACCAAAGAUUUUCAAAAUAAAGGUCGAUUGAAAAAAGCAAAAUAACUGGCUAGAAAUGUAGGCCAAGAUGUCUUCCAAAUUAUAAGGCCGGAAACGGAACUCAAAUAUAUGUGGAAAGAACUAAUUUAAUAAUAAAUAGACACACAUCGGAAAAUUAAAAACUCGGAUUUUUCGGCGCCGACGCCCAUUUCCGAUACAAAAAAAAUAGUAGUCUCCCUUGUUUCAUCGAAGUAUCUACACUAUAGAGGCUUGGGGGGGGGGGGGCACUACUGGAGUUUCCAUUGACCACUCACUGUAUUAUGUGGGUACCGGUAUGGUUUUAAUUUGUGAUUUUGACUCAUUCUAAUUAAGUAUGUAGGCCUAGCUAUUGUAGCAUAUCAGUGAGUUCAGAAGCUUUGCCGUACUGAGUAUAGACUAUAGAGUAGAGAAACUUACUUUUCACUCUUAUAAUAAAGCCUACUUGUUGUGAUUUGAUUAGUACUAGCAGUACAUGAGAGCUGUUAAGAUAAUGUAAGUAGCUAGUGGGUUUGGUUCUAUUUGUUAUAUAUUUUUUUUUUUUUUUUUUUUUUUUUGGGGGGGGGUUUUUUUAAUAAGUUUUUUUUUAAUUUUUUUUUUUUUUUUUUUUUUUUUUUUUUUUUUUUUUUUUUUUUUUUGGGGGGGGUGUCUUAAAUAAGUCUUAUUACAAGUUUUACUUUGCAUUUUCUUUUUUCAAUGGAUUACAGGUACUGAGAAUUCUAGUCUAUUCCACUCCUGUGCCACUUAACUUUACUGUCAAUACAGAAGUUAAUUUAUCGAUUACUAUUGGAUGUAAUUUAAGUAAUUGUCAGCAAUUUUGUUACUUUUGAUAUGUGUAAGUUUGAUAUGUUUUAGUCACUUCAAAUCAUAUGUUCAUUUUCAGGACUGUCUCUUACAUGUUACAGUUGUAACAGUGAGGUUCAAAAGGAACUCUGCCUUACCCCUAGUGCCCAAACUCCAGUAAUUGACUGUGUGGGUAACCAGACUAUGUGCAGGAAAAUUGAACAACAGAGUAAGUAUAAUUUAACCAGUUGAAUUCCGUGUUUGCCAAAUGUGACCAGUAUUGAAUGAACCCAGUAACAACCAAAUCCAUCCACUUGAUGCUGUUCACAUAUUGCAGACAUGGUUACUUUUAUUAAGUUUUUUUGCACAAUAUGUGAUUUUUGAAUGAUUUUUACAAUUGUACGCAGAGACCUGUCAAAAUUAGAAUUUUAAGAGUGUGGGUUGAAAUAAAAUAUUUCAUUAGUUUUUCUUAUUUACAAAAAUUCAUUUUGGGUUUUAUAACGUUAUGCCUGGAGAGGGAGGGGGUGGUGUUAACUUACAAGGGUGUGCAUGGGACUGUGUUUAUUUAUUAUUAAAUUAUAUCAUACGAUUUCAGUUGGUUAAUUACUAUUCUGGGAUGAUAAUGUGCUACUUUUGUAGUUCCAGUGUUACCAGGUUUGAAUGUUGCUUUAUAAAAAGCUGAGGUCUUGCAAGGGAGAUUAUUUCUGAAUAUUUUUAUCAAACAGGGUUCAUUUGCUAGGAUCAUGAGUAGUCAAGUACCAGAUACUUCAUUUUGUAAUUUGACAUUUAGUAGUUAACUUAACAAAAGCAUUAGGAAAUUAUGUAAUUGAACACAUAAAUUAUACCAGUUAUGAAUGUGAAUCAAUUUUUUUAAUAUAAAUAUAUUACAAAGUUGGGUUGUUUUAAAUUCUGUGUUGCUCUUCUUUGGCUGAGGUUUAGGUUGUUGAAAGUGUUAAGUUAUAGGUUAAAUUUAAUUAGGUCUGUAAAGUCUAAAACCUUGAAAUAUUUUUUUCAAAUUUAUUUCUAGUAUAGUUGCAGAAAUGCAAUAAAUGCAAAAGUUAAGUAGGUUGAGCUAUACUGCAUACUACAAUGGCCAUUAUAGCAAAUUAGAGGUUAUUGGCAACUACUUAGAGCUUAUAUUUAUUUUAAUUCUUUGCAGUUUACUACAAUGGAGAAGACCACACUAGAGUUCUUCGCCAGUGUGCAACACGGGGUAAUGUUGGAGACUGUCUGGAACGUACUGGAACGUACCGUUACAAAUCCUGGUACUGCAACUGCAACGGUAAUAAUUGCAAUGCUUCUGAGAGAGUUGCACUGUCUUUUUCCUUGACAUUUGGACUGAUUUUAAGUGUCUUUGGUCUAAGAAAGCUUUUGUGAGAUGUAAUGACACAAGUAUGAGUGUUGGGUAACAAAUUUGGAUUGUAAUUUGCAUUUGAACCCUUUUUGGGGUGCAUUUAAGGUGCCCUUGAAUGCAAAGGGGGUUGCUUUUUUUUACUUUUGUAAGUGUGAAGCCAGUGACAUGAAAUUUGUAUCACUUCUUAAAAAAGAAAAUUUAAAUUAAAAACAAGAAAGAUUUUUCAAGGUAAUUUAGUAGUUAUAUCAACUUUAAGAAUGUUUUUUCUUGUCAAUGAACAAUUUAACUGCCCUGUUUUACAUUUGCUUAACUUUGGUUUUAAAUGAUUAUAUCAUGAAUCUCAGUUUUGUGCUUCAUAAUAAAUUUCAGUUCAACUCAAAAUGUUUGGUUAUAUUUUUUCUUAACCAGACAAAAUUUUAAUUAACUUUUUUUUAAACAUUCCCAAAUAUGUCUAUUGUAUUGUAUAAUAAAUAAUGGUGAUCAUAUUAAUACAUACAUGUGUGUGCAUUUUUCAACUUACGAGAAAAAUAUGGUCUUAGCCACCCUCUUGAUCUGGAAUUUCUGACUUCUAAUUUCUUGUGUACUGUUGGAUAUACAUUUUGAUGUAAGAUGCUCAUAGUAAUAGCUUUUGAGCAUUUCGAAACAGUGAGGUUGUAUUUUUUUUUGUUAGCUAAUAUGACUUAUGUCAAAGUAAUUUAUUAACUCAUUCCCGACGGUUGCGACUAAAUGCGUUCUCUGGGGGUUCCUCCUGAUGCAUCCUGGCGGUAAGCGACACGCCUCUCUUUUUUAGUACAGCGUGUCUACAUGUAGUAUGUGUUCGUCAUGGGUGCCGAAAAUCUUUUUUUUCUUUUUUUUUUGCCAAUGUUCAUUUUUUUUUCUCCACUAAUGUUAUAUUUACAUUAAACCUUAUUUAUUUUUUGUUGUAUUUGUUCUUUAUUCAUUAAAUAAUAUUUAGCUACUUAAAAAGAUAUUCUAAAAAUGUAAAUCGAUUUCAAAUCUGAGUUGCUUCCCUUUUCUCUGGAAAAUAAAUUAAGUCGGGAAGUAGCACUGCCGGAGGGAAUGAGUUAAAUACUGGGGGUGCUUGAAGUACUUAUUUCUCAAGUUUUUUAAAAGUAUAAUUUGCAUCUUCAAGUUGGUACUGUACUUCACAACUCACUUAAAGAUUAUCCAUAAGUACCAUCGCAAUGUUUAUUUUUUCUGCAUUUAUGCUCCGUGCUACAUGUGGUUUUCAAAAAAAAAUUACAUAAGAUUUUGAUGUACCGGUACUUUAACAGCACAAAUUCAAAUGUAAAUUUAUUUGGAAAUUUUAGUGACUCUUUUCAUGUACCCAUAAGUUACCUCCAGUUUACUUUUUAAGUUUAAGCUUUGCUCCUGCAAUCAGUAUUUAGUUAUUCAAGAAUAGUAUUUUUCUAUGAAUCACUCAAAAUUAAAUCUGUAUAUAAUUACAAAUGUCCAUUCUCACCUUGAUUUUCUUUUUUUUUAAUGGCAAUCGUUGGAGUUAAUUUUAUGUAUAUUUUACAAAUCUGCUUCGGAAUGAUGCCUACCAGUUUGGAAACUGCAUUUAUUUCAAAUAUUCUGUUACUAAUCAGCGUUUAGAAAUUUUACUUUUUGUCUAGUUCACACUGACUUUCUUGUUAAUUACUACACAUUUUAAAGUUAGUGUCUCCUAGUCGAUGUACUUACAAUGCUUUCUAUCAAAAGUGUAUGUCAAAUUUUUAGUUGAUAUAUAACAGAUGUAAGAUGUACAUACUGUUCUGUCUAGAUUUAUGUUCUUGUUAGUAUUCAUAGUAUAGUUGUUUUCUUUAAGACAUAUAUGCACAAAUAAGAAUGGAUAUUUGAGCUGAGUGGUAGAGUGUACUGUAUUCACUUUCAAAUUGUUUGUGGUCCAUACUUUUUUUAUGUCAUCAAAUAAACAGGAAAUUUAUAAAGGAUUAUUAUUGCUUUUUCUUGUGUUUUUAACAAUGGUGUGAACAUCACAGGAGCAGUACUAGCUACAUCAUGCUGUGUGGGUAUAAUUGCUAACCAGCUUUCUCAAUAGACUGUCAAAACAUGUUGAAAGUAUUUCGGGGAUACAUAUUGAGCAGUUGCUUCAUGACUUGAAAAUGCUACCAGUUUUAGUCUUGCAUUAGAUGAAUCCUGUGAUGUUACUAUCACUAACACCGUCCAACUUAUUGUUUUGGUUAGAAUUGACAAGAAAUGUGGAUUUAAAG